AAGAAAAUGCAUGGAAGAAUCAAAGUUAAAACAACUGAAGAGCAACAGGAGGCGAAAAGGAAGGAAAGGGAGAAAAAGUUGAAACUCUACAAUGCUGGAACAGAAGCUGUUUUCGUUAAGAGAAAAAAUAAGGAUUUUGAUGACGAGGGUUUGAAGAUAUCGGGACAAAUUCUUAUUGUGAAUCCUGAUGUGUAUAGUUUUUGGAAUUUUAGACGAGAAAUCUUCAUCCAUCUCAGAGACCAAAGAGAAGAGACAGAGUUACAGAAACUAUUUGAGGAUGAGCUCCAUUUCUUGGAAGCAUGUCUGAAGGUAAACCCAAAGUCCUAUGGAGCAUGGCAUCACCGCUGUUUUGUCAUGGAUGCUAUUCCAGAACCUGAUUGGAUGAGAGAGCUCCAGCUAUGCAAUGCAUUCCUUAACUUAGAUGAGAGAAAUUUUCACUGCUGGGACUACCGACGCCAUGUUGUGUUACGCUCAAAUGUUAAUCUCGAAGAGGAACUACAAUAUACUACGCAAAAAAUCCAAUCCAAUUUUUCCAAUUAUUCCUCAUGGCAUUAUCGGAGUAAGCUGCUGCCUGUGAUACACCCUGACUCUAGUCAUCCUGUGGCUGUACAAGAGGAAGUACUGCUGAAAGAAUUUGAUGUUGUGCAGAAUGCCGUGUUCACAGAUCCUGAUGAUCAGAGUGCUUGGUUUUAUCAGAGGUGGCUAUUGGGAAGAGGUAAGAAGAAGUUACAGAUAUGUUGUGUUCACUUAUCGAGGGAUCUUCAGAGAAUUGUUGUUCUGCUGUCACAACCAGUUAAGAUGGGUAAAGGUCAUUGCCUGACAGUUAGUAUCAACAGUACACCAGUUGAAGGGAAAUGGAGGACAAUCACAGGCUCCAGCAUGUUCUCUACACUAUGGGUGCUAGACUUACCUGAUCAGAGUGUUCCAUUAGACACACAGGCUGCAGUGGCAGUCACUCUUCUCGAUGAUCGUUACUGUACCAAAUUCUCAGAGGGCCUGCACUUGAUGCCAAACCAGGAGGAGACUUGGGCAGUGGCAGAAUUCAAACAAGGAACUCGCUUCAGUGCAGAACUAAGUGCUGCAACUUCUUCUACCAUGGCGCUGGAACUAGAUAGCAUCCGGGAACUUCAUUCUGUGGAGCCUGACAACAAGUGGGUCCUGCUGACUAUGGUGGAAUUGAUGAAGGCCACUGACCCAGAACACACUAAAUAUGCAGCAGAACUUGAGGAGAGUUUCAACAAACUUAUUGCUGUAGAUCCCAUGAGGAAGUUUUACUACAAAGAUCUCAGGAGCAAGUUUUUAAUUGAGAGCAUAUUAGAGUCCCAGGAUUCCAAGGUGCGGGACGUUAGGUUGUGUCAACAAAGACUUACCUGUCUCUAUCACACUGAUUGGAUGGUUCUGGUGACCUCACUUGACCUUUCUGAGAAUGAUCUGAAAUCUGUACAAGAAUUGUCUAAUCUGCAGUGUCUGCAAAGUCUGAACCUAGACAGCAAUCAGCUGUCUGAUUUACAAGGACUGGCAUUUUGUAGGAGGCUUACAGACCUGUCUGUCAAGAAUAACUUAAUCCAUCAGAUUGGAGUCUUUGAGGAACUGAAAACAUGUGCCUUCUUGAAGAAGUUGUCACUAGCAGGAAAUUCAGUGUGUGCCAUUGAAGAUUAUGUAACAAAAAUAUGUGCUUUCAACAAAUCUCUGCAAUCUGUUGAUGAACAAGACUAAAGAUAAGGAGCUUGUUAUAAAAACUGUGAUUGGUGCUGGUGUACCAAACGAUGUACUUACAUGAUGUUGUAUACUUAUUAGUGUGGCAGUCUCAUGUUUAACAUUUAUGAAACUAGUACCUCAAAAAUGAAUCCCAACCCAAACACCCGGAGAGCUUCAAAUAAUUCAAUAAGUAAAUUUUCAAAAAUAAUUUUGAUAACAUUAACUUUCAUGAUUUAUAAUUGAUCAAAUAAUGAUUGCUCAUUAGAUUUACAUAAAUUAUAUAAAAAUAUGAUGUGAUUUAUUAUGUUUAAGGAACAUUUCAUUUUUCUGCUUUAAACAUUCACUAAUAACAUGAUAUAAU